AUGGUGAGAGCGUGGUACAUGGCAGAUGUAACAGAAGGAAAGCUGGGCGUAAUAUAUUUUAAGUUUGACACAGACUGUAGUAAGGACCAAGAAAAACUGGAAGUGCUAAGAAAGGAAAGAGGCUAUUCUUAUGAAGAUCAUGUCACUAUAAGUAAGGAAUCGUUUAAGGAAAAGUUUGAUUCCAUGACACAGAUGUUUUUCAUCGAGCAUCUACACGAGGAUGACGAGAUUCGUUACAUCCGCGACGGCAGCGGCUACUUCGACGUGAGAGACCGCGGUGACAAGUGGGUGAGGAUUCACAUGACGAAAGGUGACAUGAUCAUCCUACCUGCCGGCUUAUACCACAGGUUCACUCUCGACUCUCAGGAAUACGCGAAAGCCAGUCGAUAUUUCAUCGGUGUGCCCGUGUGGACACCCAUCAACAGACCAGCUGAUGAUCACCCAGCCCGUAUUGCGUAUUUGAAGACCAUAUCGGCCUAGGAUUUGCAAGUGUCUUAUAAACACCAUGACAACUUUAGAUAAUUUACGUCUCUGUGGCAGGAAUCCUUAGCCGACAGGAGAUAUAGGGCCAGCUAAUCGUCAUGUUGUAGCAGCAGUGGCACAAGUGUUUUACCACUGAAGGACAAUUUUCAACUUGGCUUAAAGUCUCAUCAGUUCCUUCUAAAUUUUAAUACACCUCUGAAAUUGUGAGCUCUCGGUCGAAAAAGCUACAAUAAAUUAGGUUGUUUAAACAUAAUACUGUAAUAUGUGGUACGUGAAUAUAAAACGUGAUACGUGAAUAAACAGAAAAAUCAAUUGUCAGA